UUUACCGCUCCCCUUUAAUGCAAUCGUGAUCCACCAGUAGCAGCAUCAUCUCACGAUUAAUUCCUUCCCAUAAUGCCUUACGCUCGUGCUCGCUGGCGCUGUCUGUGGUGCUGAAGCUGCUUUCGCCGGCGGCAAGAGAAGAGUCCUCCCGCUCCAACAUCACCUCCGUGCAAAGGCGCAACACGCUGCUCGACGGCAAACACCCGCGAUAGCUUAUUUGUUUGCAUCCUUUGUCGUGUUUUUACACCUGGAAGGCUUUGGUGUUGUAGUCGCAUCCCUCCUGGAAGAUCCUCCCCGCUCGCGUUUGUGUUUUUGGGCUCGCAUCCUUUAUGCACAGCACGCUGCUCCAGCCCUGCAAGAGAACACAGGCACCCGUGUCGGAGCAGCAUGGCUUCCUGAGCGAGAUGGAGGCAAAGCAGCACUCGAUCAAGAGCCUGAAGAGCUAUCCGGAGGCCGGGGGCCGGAGUCUGGCAGCUGCGGCGGGUGGGGACGGCGGAGGGUAUCGCGUCGGCGGCGCGGAGAUGGACAUGGAGGCGAAAAUACAGAAGGCGAUUGACUUCAAACUGGAGGGUCACCGAUGCUACAAGGAGAAGAAAUUCCGGGAAGCGAUUGGGAAGUAUCACAGGGCGCUGCUGCAGCUGAAAGGGAUCCACGUCGUCGACGGGACCACAGGAUCCGAGGUGAAUCUCCUGAAUCAACCGGCGGCCAAGCUGACGGAGGAGCAGCGGAGAGCGGUGGAGAGCACCGAGAUCGAGUGCUACGACAGCCUGACAGCGUGUUUGCUGCAGUCGGAGCUGGUGAAUUAUGAGCGGGUGAAGGAAUAUUGCUUGAAGGUCCUCGGACACCAGCAGGAUCACUUUAAGGCCAUGUAUCGAGCUGGGAUUGCCUUCUAUCACCUGGGGGACUAUGAGUGUGCCCUGCGUUACCUACGUGAUGCCAAGUGCCGUGAACCCACAGACACAAACGUGUUGCGAUACAUCCAGCUGACGGAGAUGAAGAUGAGUAAGAGCGUUCAGCAAGUGCGUGAGAGUGGGAAAGAAUCACUGGGUUAAUUCAGCCUGACGCCCAUUCAUGCCACGUCCAAACCUUGAUAGAAACCCUCUCUCUUCGAAUCUUUAACCCUUUUCCCCCCAUUCUUUGGACAACCAGGCUCCGUGUGCUGCAUCGCUCUCUGAAAGCAAACUGGAAACAGGCACACCAACAGCACAGACUCGCUCUGAGAUCUCUCUUUCCCUUUAAAUCCAACGUCCCCGGUGCUUUUCUUUUCCCAGGUAUUGAGAAUCUGACUGAUAAACGAACGAUGAACAUGAAAGCGGCGAAAGAGGAAACGCUGUAUUAUAAUCAAAUAAACAAUGGGGGUGUGACAUUACAAUUAAAAGCUACACGAGCGAAAAAGGAUAUUAAAAAUGUGUGUAAUGUUUUAUGGAAAACAUGGGUGGGUGUACUGAGUAUGUAGGAAGAGAAAUAGAGCGAAAGCACACGUAUCAAAGCCACACUUCUAUUUGAGUGCCGAUAAGGAAGGUCAACCGUGACCUUUGAACUCCAUUAAGAAUCACAGAGGAGAUGCAAUGUUUGGCGCAAUAUCUCGUUCAAUUCACACUCGCCUGCCAAUGCCUGUUACUUUCUCCUUUUCCUCUGUCUUCAAUUUAGGCAUACAGUAUCUCUCGACUUAUUUCUGAACUGUUUUAAUUCAAGGGCUAAUUCAAGUGUUUGUAAUUUGUCCUUAGAUAUCAACUUUGUUUUAUCUUCUCAGUUUGGCUGUACUAUAGUGGUUUCUCUUUACCUUUCUCAAAGGUAUACAACAUCCUCCGUACUAAUGUUAGCAGGUGUUUUGUGAACCUUGUUGUCCAACUCCCUUGUACUGAACCGUCUCAAAGCCCCUGCCCCUUUAAGAAGAUGAUGUCACGAUGGUUAUGCAGCCUGGUGGAAUAUUAUACCUAAUGGAGCCAUAUUGAAAACUCUUAUAUUUCUAGAUGAAAUGGGAUCAGUUGUUUUUGAGU